AUCAAUCAUCGAGUAAACGUUUAUUAGCAGAGCUUUCAGGUCAGUUACCAACACCUCCCGCUAGGAGCGCCAGAGCUCUCUGUGACGGUCAGAAUCAGGAAGUAGAAAUACGUCACGGACGCUCCUUGUGGCUGCUUCCUGCCUAAGACCGACGCUCGAAUCUGUUCAGUAGUUAUUGGCGCUUUGCAGUCUUUUCGAAGACACACGACUUUACGGCUUGAAAGUUUACAGGUUCAGUCCUUUGCUCCUGAUUUGUACCCACAGUGUACUAGCGCUCGUGCUCAAAGACUUUUUGCCUCGGCUCAGUACAAAUCUAGGAUGUCCACGUGAUAACCAAUACAAGGACUUCAUCCACACUCAUUUGUCACACAAGGAAGUCAUUUACCAGUCUUCUGUCUUAGCAGUGCUACUCACUCCACCAUCAUGUCAGAUGGACGAAUCUACGUGGGAAAUCUUCCAUUGGAAGUCCAGGAGAGAGACAUUGAGGAUCUCUUCUUCAAAUAUGGAAAAAUCCGUGAAAUUGAACUAAAGAACAAUAGGGGCACUAUCCCAUUUGCCUUCAUCCGAUUUGAAGACCCACGGGAUGCGGAUGAUGCUGUCUAUGGAAGGAAUGGAUAUGCAUAUGGAGACUCAAAGCUGCGUGUGGAGUAUCCUCGAUCCAAUGGUUCUAAAUUUGGGCCAAUGGGUGCUGGCAGAGGAAGGGGAGGAGGUGCAGGAGGAGGACCUAAUGGAAGAUUUGGACCCCCAACUCGUAGAUCUGAAUUCCGCGUCAUAGUGACCGGAUUGCCGGCCAGUGGGAGUUGGCAGGACCUGAAAGAUCACAUGCGUGAAGCAGGAGAUGUUUGCUUCGCAGACGUGACCAGAGACGGCGAGGGCAUUGUGGAGUUUAUUCGCAGGGAGGACAUGGAGUAUGCUCUACGCAGGCUGGACCGCACAGAGUUCCGCUCACAUCAGGGUGAGAAUGCAUUCAUCCGUGUGUUUGAAGAUCGAGGCAACCCCAGCUGGGGUCGCUCACGUUCCCGCUCAAGGUCCAGGGGGCGGUACUCUCCUCCCUACAGCAGCAGAGGCUCCCCUGGACGUUACCAGUCACCCCCACGACACCCGAUGUCCCGCAGCCCCCCUCCCCGGAGGGCCCCACCACCGCACCAUGCUCCUCCACCACGUCACUAUCGUUAAAUAGGUUUGUUAUUCACCAGUUCCCUUCUGACCCAGACCAUCGAGGAAGACUUGAUUUUGUCAUCGACAUUCCAAUGCUCCCAAAUGCCUUAAUUUUGUUUUUGUUUCAUCUGUUUUAUUUUGAGGAGCUUUUUGUUUGUAAGUUAGCGGUUGAAACUAAAUUAUGGAGUGGACUUCUGGCAUAGACCAGUCGACUGAAACGAUCAGCACACCUGCCUAUUUAGGAGCUUCUUCUGAGUCAUGAUCAAUUUUCCUUUAUCGCCACAUUUCUUUUGCGCCUUUAUGUUCCCUUUUGUACAGCCGGUAAUUUUUUGGAACACAUUUUGGUUAUGCUUCCUCAAGGUCAGUAGAUGUGAAAUUAGUGACCCUCGCAUUGAAAUCUCGCUUUUCUUCUGUUUGAAAUGUGUCACUCGCAGAGAUGGCAAAUGAGUAGUCUGAUUUGUACGCAGUUUUUUUGUGCAUUAAACAAUAAACCGUAAAGUUUUA